AUGGGGCUGCUCCUGCCAUGGGAAAGAGGAAAGGGUGAGGCUGGGGUGGGGGUCAGGGGCAGAACUGGGCUGCUGGCCUUCGAGCAAAGCCUGAGAGAUGAGCGGACCAAGAUACAACUGCUGUUACAAGAACGAAACAAAGACAGCUGCCGACCACCUAUUUGGACUGGUUCUUUGGAGGCAACUGUGCAGCCACCAAGUUCAGUGUGGGUACUGAGUUUGUGCUGUGAAGCUUGCAAGAAAGUAAUUUUUCAUGUUCCUUCUGAACUAGAGGCUGACACGUUAGUUGGCAGAGUUGAUUUGAAAGAAUGCCUUCAGUCGGCAGAGUUUAUCAGUUCCAGUAAUGAGAACUUCAAAAUUCUAGAGGAUGGUUCUGUGUACACAACAUCUGCUGUUUCUUUAUCUGCUGAGAAAAAGACUUUUACCAUAUUACUUAAAGAUAUUCAAGAACAUGUACAAAAGAAAAUACAUGUUAGCUUGGUGGAAGAAGAAAAAAAGAAGACCAGGCAUGCUAGAGAUACAGUCCUCAAGCGAACCAAAAGAAGGUGGGGCCCUAUUCCAUCCGUUAUGAUAGAGAACUCACUGGGACCUUUUCCACUACAAAUACAGCAGGUCCAGUCAGACACAGCUCAGAACUACACCAUUUAUUAUUCUGCAAGUGGACCGGGAAUUGAUCAAGAUCCGAAGGGUUUGUUUUACAUAGAAAGAGAAACUGGAAAUAUCUUUGCUACUCGUGCAGUAGACCGUGAACAAUAUCCAAGCUUUCAGAUCAUUUGCUUUGCAACCACUCCGGAUGGUUAUUCACCAGAGAUACCACUUGUGCAUACAAUCAGGAUAGAGGAUGAUAAUGAUAAUGCUCCAUAUUUUACACAGGACCUUUUUGAGUUUUCUGUCCCUGAAAAUUCCAAACCUGGUAUAGUUGUUGGAAAAGUGACUGCAGAGGACAGAGAUGAGCCUUAUACUCUGCAUACUACAUUGAAAUACCGCAUUGUGUCACAAAAUCCACCAGUAACCCCAGCGUUUUCUUUACAUGGUGACACGGGUGUCAUUGCUGUAUUAUUACCACAGCUGGACAGAGAGCUGGUAUCCAGUUACACUUUGUUAGUUGAAGUGAGAGAUAUGGCAGGUCAGCCUUUUGGUUUGUGCACUACAGGAACAGCUGUCAUUAGAAUCGAAGAUACAAAUGACAACGCACCAUGCUUUAAACAGACACAAUAUGAAACGCGAGUGGAGGAAAACAGAGUGAAUGUAGAAAUACUGAGAGUCUCUGUUGUUGAUCUUGAUGAACCUGGUUCGCCUGGCUCAGGAGCAGUGUAUGAAAUUAUAAGAGGAAACGAUGAUCGGUCCUUUGAAAUUACAACAGACAAAAACACAAAUGAAGGAAUACUGUGUGUUGUUAAGGGACUGGACUACGAAAGCGCCAAGCAAAGGAUCCUCGUGAUUGCGGUCAACAAUGAGGCACCCUACAUGCUGGCACCACAUUCACAACAGCUGUCCCAGAGCACCAGCUCUGUUACAGUGCAUAUCCUGGAUGUGGAUGAGGGGCCGGUGUUUAAACCCUGUCAUUUACGCCUAGACGUUAAAGAAUGCGAGGAGAUUGGGACGAGUAUUGGGAAGUACCUUGCAGAAGAUCCAGAAACUGGAAAUAGUGAAGGCAUAUGCUACCGGAUACCACCUGGCCAAUGUAAUUGGAUCAGCAUAGAUGAAAAAUCGGGUGAAGUCAGAACCAUUAAAGUCUUGGACCGAGAUGUAGGAGAAAUGAGACAAGGUCAAUGCAAUAUCACAGUCCUUGCAAUAGACAGAAAUGGCAAAACAGGCACUGGAACAAUUCAGGUUGUCAUCCAGCCUGGGAACAAGAAUUACCCACGAAUCACUAAAACCGACUAUAUAAUGUGCAGAGACAGAAAACCGAUCUGCCUUACUGCACAGGAUGGUGAUGAGUCUCCUUACAGCACACCCUUUGUAUAUCGCAUAACUGACCGUAGCUUGGCUUCCAUGUGGAAGAUAACCCGACACAACGAUAAUUCUGUGUAUCUUUCACCAAAGGGUGAUACUCCAUUUGGAAUAUACAAUAUUCCUGUAAGUGUAAUUGACAACGGAGGAAAGGUGGGAGAGAACCUUGUUAAAGUGAACCUCUGUGAUUGCGUUACUCCAACUGAAUGUGAUGGCGGCCCCCGUAGCUAUUCUAACGGAAAUGUUACUCUUGGCGUAUGGGCCAUCCUUGCAAUGAUCUUAGGAUCACUAUUAUUGCUGUUAAUCCUGAUCACAAUUUGUGGCUGCUGUGGCUCUGGGGUAAUGCACAGGCAUGUGACUGAUGACUGUGCCAAUCACAAUUUAAUCAUUUCAAAUACGGAAGCUCCGGGAGAAGAAGUGAUGGAUCACAAUGUAAUUCCUCUACAAAAUACAAAUGAUCAAGGAGGAUAUGGAAUAAAAACAGGAGAUCAACAAACAUUUGAAAUGGUAAAAGGAAGAGGGCAUACCUUGGAAUCAGUCAAGGGAGGCGGACAUCAGACUCUGGGAUCAGUUAAAGAAGGAGGAGGACAGCCUAUGAUGGAUACGUGUAGAUACUCCUACUCGGAGUGGCAUAAUUUCACACAUCCUCGUUUAGGUGAAAAGGUGCACCUAUGCAGACAGGAUGAAGAACAGAAGCAUUCUGAAGAUUAUCUCCUUUCAUAUAACUAUGAAGGAAAAGGAUCCUUGGCUGGCUCUGUAGGCUGCUGCAGUGAUCAGCAUGAAGAAGAGGCACUUGACUUCUUAGAUCAGCUGGAACCCAAGUUUAGGACAUUAGCAGAAACAUGUGUAAAAAGAUAA